AUGGAGAAGCUAUUAAAGAGAGUUGAGGCUACCAAUGCUGGGGUGACAAUAAUGAAGAGUGACUUAUCUUCCAAGAGUCACCUAGUGAAUUCGCACUCAACUUCUAUUAAGCGGUUGGAGAAGCAGAUGAGCCAACUCUCAGUCACAUUUAAUCAGAGGAAGAGUGGUACCUUUCCUAGCGAUACAGUGCAGAAUCCUCAGAACGAUAACUCUUCUAUAGAAGCUACCACUCGGAGUGGUAAAGUAUUAUCUAGCCCUUUUGUGGGCAAAGCUGUGAGCGACGACGUGAUUGAAGUAGAGCAAGUUGAUGAGUUAGAGGAAGCCAAGAAAAAAGAGAAGGAGGCAGUGGUUACUACUCUUCCAAAACCAUGGUCGCCCUUUCCUCAAAGAUUGAAGAAGAUAACGGAUAAUACAAGGUUUAGCAAAUUCAUGGCUAUACUGAAACAACUGACGGUGAAUGUGCCUUUAGUAGAGGCAUUAGAGCAGAUGCCUGGGUAUGCCAAGUUCAUGAAAGACCUGGUGACGAAGAAGAGAGCGAUGAGCUAUGAACCGGUAGAUAACCUUUAUCACUGUGGUGCUAUUUCAACAAGGUCUUUGGUGCAAAAGAAAGCGGACCCAGGAGCAUUUACGAUUCCUUAUACUAUCGGGUCUCUUGAUUUUCCUAAGGCCUUGUGUGAUUUGGGAGCGAGUAUUAACCUGAUGCCGCUUGCUGUUUAUAACCAGCUGGGUUUGGGGGAUCCUACACCUACAAACAUUCGACUAGUGAUGGCGAACAGGUCGGUAAAGCAACCGGUGGGUAUGUUGUAUGAUGUGCUAGUGAAGGUGGCAAGCUCUAUAUUCCCUACUGAUUUUGUUAUUCUGUUUUGUGAGGUGGACUUUGAAGUGCCCAUAAUCUUAGGUCGACCUUUCCUUGCAACUGGAAGCGUGCUUACUGACUUGCGAGCUAAUGAACUCUUAUUCAAGCUUAAUAAUGAAGUAGUAUGGUUUGAUGUGUUCCAAUAUCUGAAGCAACACAAGGAAAUGAGUGUCUUCUCUGUUGUGGAUAUUUAUUACGAGAAUGAGCAAAAAGUGCCGAUAAAGGAGAAAUUUAUUGUCCAGCCUUUGGCUGCUGUCUUGAUGAAUUUUGAUAGCAAAGGCAUCGAAAAGUAUGAGGAGACUAUUUGUCCCUUGACUGGAAUGGGAUCAUAUUCUUAUGUUCCCAAGAAGCCUGAUCUAGAUCUUAAAAAUCACCCAACACCACCGGUGAAGCCAUCUAUUGAAGAGCCACUAAUAUUGGAGUUGAAGGAAUUGCUAGGCCAUCUAAGGUAUAUGUUUCUAGGCAGUGGAAACACUUUACCCGUGAUUAUUACAGUAGAUUUAAGUGAGCAGCAAGUGGAAGAACUUAUCUCUGUACUUUAG